CUGAAACAAGACGAGGAGCUCGCGACCCAAAACCCUAACCCCUGUAACCCUCGGCGGCGGCGGCGAUGGCGGACGACGGCGGAGGACGGGCGGCCGCGCUGAAGGACCAGGGGAACGAGCAGUUCAAGUCGGGGAACUACCUCAAGGCCGCCGCGCUCUACACGCAGGCCAUCAAGCUCGACUCCGACAACCCCACCCUCUACAGCAACCGAGCUGCUGCAUUUCUGCAGCUGGUUAAGCUUAAUAAGGCACUUGCUGAUGCUGAGACGACAAUAAAACUCAAGCCAGAAUGGGAGAAGGGUUAUUUCAGGAAAGGAUGUGUUUUGGAGGCCAUGGAGCAGUAUGAGGAGGCAAUAUCUGCUUUUCAAAUAGCUUUGCAGCACAAUCCACAAAAUACAGAAGUCUCGAGAAAGAUCAAGAGGCUUACUCAGUUAGCAAGGGAACAGAAGCGAGCUGUUGAUGUGGAGAACCUGCGUUCCAAUGUUGACAUCGGGAAGAACUUGCAGUCAUUGAAAAAGGAGCUGGCUACAAAGUAUGGAGAUGCAGAAAUGGGACAAAAUAUAUUCUCAUUUGUUAUCAGUGUGAUUGAAUCAGCGAUAAAGGGUUGGCAUGACACAGGAAAGGUGGAUGCAAAGGUCAAUUUCCUUCUUGAUGAUCAGAAGACCGACACUGAAAAAUAUGCCCCAGUGGUUAACAUUGAGAAGGCCUUUGAGUCACCCCAUACCCAUAGCAGUUGUUUCGCAUAUUUGCGGCAAUACUCUGAGGAAUCUUUUUCAAAGGCUGCUUGUAUGCUAGCACCUAAGAGCAUCAUCUCCUAUCCACAGGUCUGGAAAGGGCAAGGGUCAAGAAAAUGGAAGCUAGACCAGAGUGAUGGGUUCUUUGUACAAUUUGAAUCACCAAUUUUACGGAAGAUAUGGUUUGUUGCUAGCACAACAGAGAAGGGACGAGCAUUGUGCAGGAGCCCUGAGCCCUUGGACAUUACCAUCCACGAGAUCCUUCCCCGUAUAUUCAAAGAGAACGAAACCAGUGCUUGAAGGGCCGAGAUGCACGGUCAAUGACAUCUCCUUGAUUCUACUACCCCUGGUUGAUCCGCAUUCCUCCCGGUAGGUAUACGGUCGAAAAGGCACGGGGGUGUUUUCUCACACAGGAAGAAGCAAAUGCUAGAUUCUGUAAACCGAUGGUCCUGUAUCGGUGUGGUGCACUCCAGUUUUGUCACUGUAUGCGGUGAUUUGAUUUCAAGUGUAUACAAGCUUUGGCAGGGUUAUUAUGUUGGUUGCCUUUCUUUGAUUUGUAAGAAGGAAAAUAUAUGUUGGGAUAUACAUUAGAUUCUUGUGCUCAGAUUUUA